CAUUUUCCCUCCGGUUUUAGGGUUUUUGCAAUGGCUGAUCAAUGCACUUCGCUCACCUUGUCUUAUUUCCACCAACACCAGGGAAUGGAAGAGUUAAAGCAAACCCUACUGUUUACAACGGUGGAGCUAGAGACAACUCUAAUGUCAGCCAAAGAGGAGAUUGCAAGGAGAGAGUUUGAAUUGGUUCAUCUCAAAGAUGUCCUGAUUCGGACAUUGAAACAGAGAGAUGAAGCUCAAGCUCAAUGUCGGAAGCUGACGAUGGAGAAAUUCCUACUUCACCAACAAUUACAGCACCGACUGCCGGAAACAGCUUCACCUUUUGGUGUUUCCCGUGAAGAAGACGAAUCAAAACCCGCAGCUGAAGCUGUUCUCUCCGCCGGCGAACCAACCAUGGCUUCAACUCCGGGUUCUGACUCAAUUUCGGCUCCGGUGACUGUACCAUCACCGCUUCCCGAACAUGCCUUGAAACUAGCAGCUAGCAGGCCACUUCCGGCGAAAGGAAAGCUGUUGCAGGCUGUUAAAGAUGCCGGUCCGCUCCUGCAGAACCUUCUUUUGGCCGGACCGCUUCCGCAAUGGCAGCAUCCUCCGCCACAGCUCACCUCCGUUGACAUCCCGCCGGUGGCCAUCUCUUCCAACAAGCUUAAUAAGAAGGGUCCAGAAAACUACGGAGACGAUGAUUCUUCCCCUAAAACCAAGUACCAGAAGGUCGUUGAUGCCGACUUCAUCCAUUAAUUUCCGGACAUGGAUGGACCCGGUACGAGGAACAAGAAUUAAAACAUAAGCACCCGACCGCCUAUCUAAACCAUGAUUUAAUAGGAUGAUCUUUUUCAAUUCUUAUACCAGGAAAAAAUGAUUUGUUCGAAUCCUAACCUCCAAUGUUUAAUGGAGACUUCAAAUGUACUUUUUAUGGCCGAGUUUCCUAAUUUUGUAAAUUAAUGAAAUCGCAAGCAAAGUUUCA